AUGGAACCGGGGAGGCAGCGUGAGAAUCCUCCCGGUUCUGGAGCCCCCGAGGCCGCGGGCUGGAGGGAGCAAGGUUCGCCCGCAGAGGCUCAGGAGGCGGGCGGGGCGCUGAAGGAGCGCCGCGGAGACCGGCGCACCGGCCAGCCCGAGACUGGAGCUAACGAGACCGGGAGCAUGGACAAGGAUGGGGCUGAAGACGACGAGGAGGACGAGCAGUACGAAGAAGAAGAGCUAGAUCCCAGAAUCCAGGAAGAGCUGGAACAUCUGAACCAGGCCAGUGAUGAGAUAAACAGACUGGAGCUGCAGCUGGAUGAGGCGCGAUCCAGCUACCGGAGAAUCCUCACAGACUCGGCACGCAAACUCAACGCUCAGGGCUCACAACUGGGUGCCUGCAUAGAGAAAGCCAGACCAUACUACGAAGCCCGUAGACUGGCUAAAGAGGCCCAGCAGGAGACUCAGAAAGCUGCCCUGCGCUACGAGAGGGCCGUCUCCAUGCAUACAGCUGCCAGGGAAAUGGUGUAUGUGGCUGAGCAGGGCCUUCUGGCCGACAGGAACACACUGGACCCUACCUGGCAGGAGAUGCUCAACCACGCAACAGCCAAGGUGAACGAGGCGGAGGAGGAACGUCUGAGGAGCGAGAGAGAGCACCAGCGGGUCACUCAGCUGUGCCAGGAGGCUGAAGCUCGAGUGCAGACUCUGCAAAAAGCCCUCAAGAGGGUCAUCCUGAAAUCCAAACCAUACUUUGAGCUCAAGGCCCAGUUCAACCACAUUCUUGAGGAGCACAAGUCCAAAGUGGUCCAGCUGGAGGAGCGCGUGGCGAAGGUGAAGACCCGUUACUCCGUUGCCCUGCGCAACCUGGAGCAGAUCAGCGAGCAGAUCCAUGCUCAGAGGGGCCGCAUCCGAGCAGCCAGGAAGCGCAACAGGGCUCGCGGGGGGCGGAGCUCUCCUGUAGGGGCGGAGUCAGAGGGUGUCAUUCAGGCCAGGGCUUAUGGGGGGCUGGGGUCGAGUCUGAUGGAUAACGACUGGGCGGAUCAGGAGAAAACGAGGCAGUGGGUGGAGAAGCACAGGGAACAGGGGUGGGGUCAGAGGGAAAGGGCCGAGAGGGCGGGGUCAGACUCCAUGUCAGUCAUCAGCCUGCAGACCAUUGCCUCGGACCUGGAGAAAUGUGACUCAGUGGAGCAUCUGGGCGACCUGAGCGACGUUGGGAGUCUAAUCGGGGAAGAGAGAGACACAGAGAGCGAGAGAGCUGUCAGGGCUGGGGAGAAAGGGGUGGAGAAAGAAGGAACAAAUGCAGCCGUGCAGGAAAAGGAAGCAGAAAGGGGGGCGACCGGGACUGACCGGCAGCAGAGGGACAGGGAAAGUUUCGUUAAGCAGCACCACAGGAGUGUUAGCUUGUGAGAAUUGACAUGAGAACGCACCUUAAAACAGGGGUGUCAAACUCAGAUCCUGGAGCUUCCUGCAAAGAUGAGUGUUUUGCCUCUUCUAACGUGCAGAAUCCAACUCAUAAAGGCCUUCGUCUUGGAUUGAAAAACUGCAGGCUUAUUAUUACUUAAUUAUUAACAUUAAGACCUGUUAUUCAUUAACUAUUAAUGAUUUGGUAACUGCAAUGAAGUUAAUCUGUAAGGUAUGUAGUUUAAGGAAUAUUUUGGCAAAAUAUUUGAAAUUUGCAUAAUUUUCACUUGCCUCGAAUCAGUCGAUCAGCCAAUACAUAUUCAUUGUUCAAAUAUUGCUCCUUCAGCUUAGAAAUGAAGCUGCAAGGCUACUGUUGCUAACAAACGACAGGAGUAUACAACGUUUUGGUCAUUUUAAUAGUUCACAGUAAGUCAUACAGGCCCAGAUGUACAGGCGCAGUGCAAAAUGUGCCAUAAUGUGUGUCCACAUUGUGUCCACAGUGUGUCUGAGUUAAAACAUUUAGUUAAAAGACUGCAGCUCACCUGCCUUCCCACUAGACGCUGUGAUAUUGUGAAACACCUGUGUGCGUAUUGUGGCCGUAUCACACCAUAGUUUCCUCUGCAUCUUCUCACAUAAGUAGGGGCAAAAAAAAUCAAAUAUCACAGUACUUGAAGACAUUUUCACAAAACAGGAGAUGUCAUAAUAUUUAGUUUUUCUCAGGUUUAAUAUGUUGGAACAGACAAAAUACCAGUACUGUCACAUUUUUAAAAAUGCUGUAUAAAACUAUUAAUGCAAUGAGAUUUGUUCAUGGCACUGCACUACAUUCAGUUAAAAAGGACUAAUUAUGCCCUCUUUAUAAUGAAACAGCAUUUUAGUCCACAACCUCUUUUAGUCCACAAAAUCACAGAAGCGUAGAGUGAUGUGGUUUAUCAUAGUAAUGAUAAUAUCAUCAUAAAAUCUGACAUAAAACCAGCUGCCUCGAGUUGCUCAGACUUUGGUGAAUUGAGCAAAUAUGUAAUCAGCUGCACUUCCACCCACUUUUUGCAUGAUCCUCUCCCAUUUUGCACGGCCAUCUUUCAAAUGCAUGUGGAAGAGGUGGAGUUUUUCAUGCACACAGUCCAUAAAAUGCAUGUUUAUGCUCAGGCAAAAUGUGUCGGAGUUUCGUCUAAAACUGCUCCAGACAACUCAGUACAUUAUGACUGUCUACUCUUAAUGUGCUGAGCUGUUAGCUUUAGAUAUUUAAACCACAAUGACAAAUCUGCACAACCUAAAUGAAGACCUGGAUGUGGUUUGACUGGGUUGAGAGAAGUUUUGGGGAUCUAUUUGGGUGACUAUUGAGAUCUAGUGUGAGCCUUGCAGCUCCAGCUCUAAAGAAGCAGGUAUUUGUUGGCUGAUGGGCUUCAUCUAGGAUAAGUGGAAAACUGAAAACUAUUCCUUCAAAAAGGUGAGGAAUUGAAUUGUAGCACAGGUGUAUAAAUAAAACGUCAUCUUACACACACACACACACACACACACACACACACACUCUGCAGUGUGGUCCUUCAGGACUGGGGUCUGACACCCCAGCCUUAUAACCUCAGAACCUGGAGAGCCAAGGUCUUACCUGCAGCCUUUCAAUCAAGUCUCUCUGGUUGUGCAGCACAAUAUGGAGAAAGUGCCAUAUUGUGAUCAUAUUGCGGUUGCAAUAUCGCCCUCCAAUAUAUUAAAAACACAUGGGUGAACCUUUGCUGAGGUGUAGGUAAUAAUUAGCCUGCAUUAUUAUUACAUUUACAUUUGUUGAAUCACUUUAAUGCCAUGAGUCAUAAAAACAGUCACAGAAGCUCAUAUAAGGGCCUGUGAUUGGUCAGGAUGUUCACACCAUCCUUUCUGGUUACAUACAGAACUCAUUAUUAUUGCAGUCUUAUCAGUUUCGCAAUGGUCAGUAUUAUUAGAACGAUUAGCAGACGGUAGAUGAUGUACUGUGCUGCUCUCUGGUCUGUUUGUUCUUUAGAGCAACUCUGUUUUUCUCCUGCAGUCGCUGACUGAGAUGUAAUAAGCAAAUCUCAGUGUGAGGGAGGAGGAGAGCAUGAGGGAGGAGGAGAGCGUGAGAAGCUGCCCAGGAAGGAGCUCAGGCUCUGGCUGCUGUGGCCGAAAGAUAGAAGUUAAUUUUUACACUACAGUGGAGGGAAGGAAACGGCUAGUACUACUAUUACUAUUACUACUACUACUAGUACUAGUAAUGAUAAUAAUAAUAACAAUAAUACAAUAUUUAACACUAUGGGCUUUUUUUAGUUUUUUCUUGUCGAGCAAAAGCAGAUUUAUAUUUCUGGAGGCAAACAUCAGUUAAAUAAUAAUGGUAUUAAUAAUGUGAAGUUAAUUUUGUAUCUGCUAUUCAUACUAUUAUUAAUAGCUUAUUAUUAUUAUUAUUAUUAUUAUUCACCCUGGAAGUAGAUGUCUUGUUUUUUUACUCAACCACAGAGGAAAGAAAAAAAGACUACUACUACUAAUAAGUACAAAGCAAUUUUGAAAGUUAUUAUUAUUGUUGCUAUUAUAAGUAGUAUUUUUAUUAUUGUUGUUGUUGUUGUUUAUUUUAUUUGUUGUUCUCCCUGUAGGGAAAAGACGACUGCUACUACUACUACACCUACUAAUAAUAAUAAUAAUAAUUAUAUUUAUUAUUAUUGAAAGGCCUUUGUUCUUUCCUCUGAUGAUAGCUGUUUUUUGGUCAGUAACAAAGGGGCAGCUAUAAGGCUAAUGCGGCUGGACGAGCCGAUGAGCAGUUGUGAGGUAGACACAACGCUGUCAUUGUAACCGCAGUAGAACAGAGCUGGAUCCGAUUCUCUUUCACAUGAUCAUGAAUAACAGUGAAGGGGGACACAUUGGGGGGGUCCAUCGUGUGCUGGGAGUUGUAGUUCUCACGCUCUGAUCCUUUCAUGCUGUAACUCUCCAGUCAGUCACAGAGAAAGAAAGGCAACUGAGAGGAAAGAGGAGGCAGAGAGGGAGGCGAGCAGAAAGACUGGAAAUAGAUGCUGCUGCACAUCAUAGAUCUGCUGAUAAAAAUAGUAUCGACUGCAUUGACCAUUUCCUCAGCGCUGAACCUCAAAGACCUGCAUACGCGAGAGGCAGAGCGGGUGGAAGAGAAGGAGAGAGAUAAGGAGAAGGUGGCGAGAGGGAGAGAGAGAUAAGGAGAAAGGGAAGGGAGAGAAAGUAAGAGUUCAGUGGUUUAUCGUUUCCAUCAAUGCUGCUUUAAUGAGCUGGAGUUUGCUGCGUACACUGUACUGUCCAUGCGGUUCUCACUGGACUCACUUUCCAUGUUUAUUGUAUUCUAGCACUUCUGAAUGUGAAGUGGUACGACUUUUCGUUUCUGCCCAUUUUGUUCCCAUUUCGGUCCGGAUUUCUGAGAGAUUUGGAAAAGGGAGCUGUUCUGGAGUGCCUUUAGUUCUGUCUGUGUUCUGGUUUAUCUGGCCAGGCUGAGUGAGUGGGCUGUCAGUUUUGCUGCCUUGAGGUUCCAUUUCUGUAUUUAUGGAAUUUUAAGGUUUUUAUCAGCAGCUCCGGAACAAAUUAGUCUUCGCUUAUUUGUUUUGUUUUUUAGUUUACUUGAUGCAUCAGGUACGUUGCGGUUUCUGUGCCACCUCAGUGCUGGAUUUUUUCUUUAUUCUUUAUUUAUGAUGAUACAUGUUUACAGGCACUGUUGACUGACAGUAGUAUGAAAUGGAUGUACAUGGACUGUGAGUGAACUGAAGGGGUUUUUAAUGGUAGCUGUUUGAGCGGGCCAUGCUGUGGUCAGGACUGUACGUUUGCUUUUCUCUGACCGUUAUUUUUCGUUAAAUCCUGCUGUAAAACCUGUACAUUUCCUUACAUUUUGCCAACUUCACUACACGUCACUGAGCUGUAAUGUACACCCUGUAAAGAGAAAACCGGCCAAUCAGGUGAAAUCCUGCUGUACUGAUCAGAAUUUCUCACAAGCUCUCUGUAUAUAUGUGAAGUUUGUCCAAGGUCAAAUUGAUGUAUGAUAUAGAUAAAUAAUACUUGUCAUUUGAUUAAUGUAUUAAUUAUGUAAAUGUUAAUUUAUUGGACAGUUGAGAAUAUUAAAACUUGAAUUUAACAUCUA